AUGCCUUCAUUCAUUUUCCUUAUGAAGGCCAAUGUCAUGGCUGAAGCCCCACCGGCAGAAAUUCCUCCAGAGGUCUUCGAGUCAAUGAACAAGUAUAAUGAAGAACUGAACGAUGCGGGAAUCUUACUUGACGCUCAAGGCCUCCGACCAACUUCGGUUGAUAGCUAUCGAUUGACGUACUCCACUGAUAAUCCGCCGGAAGUCGUUCCAGGACCGUUCAACGUCGCUGCAGAAACUCAUGUUUGUGGCUGGUGGAUGGUCCAUACCAAGGAUGCGGAAGAGGCCCUCGGCUGGGCUAAGAAGAUUCCGAUGCAAUCAGGGGAGAUUGUCGUUCGACGGAUUGGAUGUGUGGAUGAGUUGGGCGAUGGUUUCACAAAGCAGUUACGAGAACGGGAAGCAAAGUUACGGGUUCAGGUGGCGAAAAGAGUGUUGGAACUUGCACAAAAGGAUAAUGAUUCUAUUUAA